AUGGACUUCGUGGCGACCCCGUUUCGCAAGAGGGAGGCUGCCGAGUGUCCGCGCGUCACUCCGGUCAAGCGCGCCAACAUCUCCAGCAGGCGGGCCGAUAUACAGAACCCUGACAAAAGCAGUGUCGUCUCCUCCCUCCGUGGGCGCUCUCUGGUAGGUAUCGACGCGCUGUCCACGGCACAGGUCGGCGAGGUGCUGAAGACGGCGGGGCAGAUGCGGAAGCUGCUGGAGGCGCGAGGCUGCGAUGAGUCUCUGAAGGGCAAGGUGCUCGCGACCAUCUUCUGCGAGCAGCCGGAUCGUGCCAGCUGCUCGUUCCAGGCGGCCAUGCUCCGGCUGGGGGGUGCCGUUCUCACGGUGGACGCGUCCGGCUCCGCUUCGGCCGAGGGCGAGGCGCUCGAAGACGCCGCGCGUUCCGCGGAGUGUUCCUGCGACGCCUUGGUCCUCUGCGGGGUGUCCUUCCUAGGGGUCCUGGUGGUCCGCGUGACGAGCCCUGUCUCGGACGGGCUGCGGGCGCUCCUGGACCUCUACACGAUCCUGGACGAGCUCCCGGGGGUCGGCUGCCUUCUGGGAGCGUUGUCCCCUGACCGUCUGAAGAACGGGCCCGCCGUACACUCGUUGGCGAAGCUGCUGAGCCGCUUCGAGGUCGCCCUGCGCUUCGUCUCGCCCGCGGCGCUGCGCAUGCCAGAGGAGGUCGUGUCCGCGGCGAGCGGUGACCCCGGUCCCACGUUGCACGACGCGCUCACCACGGGCAUCCUGGAGGAGACCGACAUCCUGUAUGUGACCUGGUUUGAUCAGGAACGCUUCGGCAGCGUGGCAGACUACGAGAGGGUAAAGGACCCGCUCAUCAUUACGCCAGAGACCCUCUCCAAGAUGAAGUCCACGGCCGUGGUCUUGCAUCCUCAUCCGCGCGUGGGUGAGGUCGACCCAGCAUGUGGCGGGGAUCCACGAGUGGCACAUUUCAGACAGAUGAGGAACGAAAUGUAUGUACGCAUGGCGCUGUUACGCCUCAUCAUGUGUUGA